CAGACACAGAUUUUCAUUGCGCUUCGCACAACUUUUGAUCGCAUAUAAGAGCCACAGUAAAUAGAUCGCUCGUGUUGAAACACAGCUUUUAAGUUGGCAGCUCCGAUAACAACCUGUACCAUAGUGAAUCGUGAGCAGAGAUGCCAGAUCUGCAGAUUUGUCUGUAAUUCUGUCGUGCUGCAGACAUUUUUACAUUUUUUGUUGUGCAGACUUUUGAAAAUCUAGUUUUUCGCAGACAAAAUUUACAGAUUUUUUUUUGCUCGCCAAGUCAGUUGAGCGUAUCAUACUUUACAGAGAAAUAAAAACAUACUUACUAACUGCAGAUUUAUUUUUCGGAUAUACAGACUUUGGCAACCCUGUCUGAAUAUGUUUGAAAUUUUUACCUGUCAUCUCUAAUCGUGGGUGAACAGUUCGCUUUGGGAUUUUGUACGAAUGACACGAAAUUUAGAUCGCAAAUUGUUAAUUGAAGUGUGAACUUGUAUUUAAAGUAUUAGUUUUUUUUAAACCUACUUAGCUGUGCUGUGAUAAAUAACACGUUAUAGAUUGAAUGAAUCUAUUUUAUUAGCAAACGAUACAUGCACAAUUUUUUGUGCGAAAAAACCACAGAACAACGUGGAUACUUAAGUAGAGUGAUUUUAGCUUCAUACAAUUUCCAGUAAACAUAGGCAGCGUUUAUAUCCGAUGCUUAAGAUGCGCGAUUUGCUUAAUUUGAGAGAGAACUAAAACUAUUCUUUAUUCUGCAACGCUAGACGGAAGUUUUUCUUAAGGCGAAAGCAACCAGCACGGGACGAGUAAAAAUCGAAUCAUCGUGCCCUACUGCAAAUACGCACAAGCGUUGAAUCAUACCGAGCAGUUAGAGAGGAACUAAUUUGUUAUCAGUUGAUAACACAAAAGUAGAUAAUAAGUAAAAUGGAGGAGACUUAUAGAAAAAGUGGUACGGCCGGUAUCGAAGGAAGUCUGUACCAAAUCAAACUACUGACAUUGUUUUUAUAUCGAGGAAUAAAGCAAUGUUAUUCGUUUAGAUUGGCAACCGAGAUGGAAAAUGCAGGGAAGUUUGAUGAUAUAGUUUUUAAAUAUAGUAAUGCAAAGGAAACAGAAGAAAGUUUAUGCUUACAAGCUAAACAUCGAUUAGAUGAAUCGAAAAAAAUUUGCUAUGAAGAUUUACUAACCGAAAGCGCAGGAGAUUAUAGUUUAGUAAAGUACUUUUUCUCAUACCAGAAAACGAUAGAAAAAAAAUCAUUCGGUGUGAUCAAAGAGGUAAUUGUUUACACUAAUAUCGCCUUAGCCGAUGAUGUCAAACGCCAAGUUAAACCAGUAACGAGGAAAGAAAAUGAAAUUCUAAAUUUAGAAAGUAGCUCUAAAAGUAGUAAACAUUACAAAUUUCAUAAGGAUAUAAUUAGGGAAUUGAAACCGAAACUAGAGAACUAUAAAUUAGCCAAACUAGCUGUGGAGUUAAUAAAUCAUCUUUUAGACAAAAAACCUAUAACAAUUCAACACGGAAGUAUUUUUGCAGAUUAUGAGGCAAUUAUUGUAACAGAAGUGUUUGAUGUUAGAGAUGAAUACAUACAAUUUUAUGAUAAAUUUAUUAAUAAGACACAAGAUUUAGCGUCUAACACUAGAAGAUUUCAAGAGAUUUGCGAACAAGUAUUAAAGAAGAAUACAAAUAAGUUUAAAUAUGUUCUGAAAAAUGAAAUGAAAAAUUUCAACGUAUUUGAAAAGAAAAACAAAAGAACAAUGACAGAAGUGAAAAAAUUAAUCAAAUUGAGAGAACUUAUGCAGUAUUUUGAAAACAAAACAUUAGGUGCAGAUUUUGUAUUUAAUCUAAAAGAUCUCAAUGAAUUCACAAAAGCGAUGGAGGUAAAGUUCUCUUCUGUUGUCAAAAGAAACAGUGAUCCAAAUGUAGGCUGGCCACAGACAAUAGCCGAUGAUCAAAUAGAAAACUUCCUAGAUCAUUUAGUGUUUGCAGUUGAUCAACCGAACGAGGUUGAGCUUGGCAAUAUCAUUGAGAGUGAGGUGAGCAAAGAUAGCAAAUUUAAAGAUCUAACUAGUGAACUAGUUGCCGAUCACAUACAGCGGAAAAUGCUACAAUGGUUCAAAGAGAAAAUUGGUGACAAGGGUCGGUUUUUGACACCGGCGGAGGGACGGAUUUUUCUGGACGAAAUAACGCAAAAAAUUGAUAGUUUAAUAUCCAUUGGCUCCAGCAUAGAAUAUUGCGGGAGAUUGAAAGAAUAUAAUCUUGAGUUUAAACACAACAUUUCUGAUGAUUUGAAAAAUUUCCUGUUUGGAAAAAGUUCAGAUCAUAAAAUGCUGUAUUUUAUUACAUCACAAGACAGUUUUUUGAGCACGAUUAAACUUUACCAAGUAUUGGAAAAUGAAAAGUAUGAUAAUUUCCUUUUUGUAGAAUUAAGCUCACUUCUACGAUCAAGCAAGCAGCAAAAUUUAACGACUGUACUUCAUUCUUAUAGUCAUAGGCUGCUAGUUAUAGAAGGUAAUAUUGAUUUAAAAAAUACGCUGGAGUUAUAUGAUAAAUUAUCUGACAUAAUUAUUAAUUCAGUCAAAAAAGUUGUUUUAAUUACUAAACAAAAUGAUACAUUGAUGAAUAAAUUUGUAAAUGAUCCAAAGUUUAAGGGUAAGUUUGAAAGUGAGCAGGACACAACUAGCUUUACUGACCUUACUCAAAUAUCACAGAGCGAACUUUUGGAGAGAGAAGUAAUGUUUCAAGGCGAAGUUAUCAUGUUAAAUAGAUUAAUAGAUCAGAACGAUGAGAACGCAAAGCAACUCAUUGAUCUAGACACAUUGAUGAAGCUUGUUAAGAACGAAGUAAUAACCAUAGGAAAAUCACCACCACUUUUGAAAGAUUUGGAAGCAGCAUAUGCAAGAAUUAAUGAGGAAGUUCUAGUGGAGAAUUUAGUGAGAGAAUUAUCAAAAACCUCGGACCCGCCCAGUCUUUUUAUGAUCACCGGCAUUGAUCAGAACAACAUUGAAGCAGUACAAAAUGAAGUGCUAAGAAAAUUAAAGGUGGAAGAAGGAAAUAACGCAGCGCAGGCUGAUUACAUAAGACAACAAGUCGCUGCUGCUGAGACAAGAAUCAGUGUAACACUAGGUCGUAACAAAGAACAUCACAUACAAAGUUUUAAAUCCUUGUGUCAUAACAAUCCUGAGAAAAUAGUUUAUUGGAUAGAAGUGACAUCUCAGCGGGUUCACCUGCGACAAAUUUAUAAUCCUAAUUUUUAUCUUAGGAGAGAAUUUAAUUAUCAGGAAAAAAUCAUCAUUAAAGAUAGCAUAGAAAAUGAGUUGACUGAAGAUAAGCCUGGUAGUUUAUUCCUGUUCACUGGAUUAGAUAAGGAAGGUUUAUUAAAAAUAUUUAAAUUAAAAGACCAAGAGAAGGAGGAAAAACUAAAACGAAAUACAAUAACUCAAAAACAGAAUGGACAGGAAAAGUUUGAUGAAUUAGUAAAAAACGGAAAUGGUCCUGUUCAUUGGUUGCAUUUUGAAAAGAGCAACGAUACUAAUAAACGUUUCAUUUGGCGUAAAUCUCAUGGUUCGUUAGAUGUAUUACGUAAGCAUAUCGACAAAAAACCGGAUCCCUAUGAUGAAACUAAAUUUAUUGAAGCAAUCAAAGAUCAAGUAGUAAUUCUCGUUGAUGAGCCCGGUAUGGGUAAAACGACUACUUUAACUAGUUUAUCGGAGCAAAAAAUCGCAACAGACUGGGUAAUUCGAAUCGAUUUUAAGGACUGUCAGGAUAGAAUAGCAUUGUUGCCAACUAAACACGAACAACGGUUAUACGAUGUGGAUCAUGUUAUAAACUUUUUAUCCGCAAUCGAAAGUAGUGGUCUAAAUAGUCAGUUGACGAAGCGAUUAUUCAAAUAUCGUUUACAGAAACCGAAGCUGUCUGAUCAUCAACCAAUACUGCUACUGUUUGAUGGUUUUGACGAAAUCAUCAAUGACGAAUAUCAAGAAACAGUGAUUUUCUUGUUAAAAUUUCUGAAACAGCACACCUCUGCCUCAAUUUGGGUUUGUACAAGACCCUACAAAAUGCACGAAUUGGAAAAUGGUUUAUCAAUAUUUGCUACUACAUUUGAAGAGUUUAAGUCCGAGCAACAGAAACAGUUUCUCAACGUUUACUGGCAAGUCCAUUUGACAUUGAUGUCUAAUGAAAAUAGCGAACAGGACCUUCAAUCAAAGGUUGAACUUUAUGCCAAGGCGUUACUUGAAAAAGUUGCUGGCAUUUUUGGAGAAAACAUGUCUCGUUUUAUGGGUAUUCCGUUACAGUUACGUUUGUUGGCGGAGGGUUUCCAAAGGCAGGUCAUAACGUUUACCAAUGGUCAAGGGCAUUCAGUUCCAUCUUUUGAAGCUCUCAAUAUAGUAGAUAUUUAUAAAUAUUUUAUUGAAGCCAAAUAUGAUGUUUACUUUAAGGAAAAAACUCAUCUUGACAGUUAUUCUCCGUACAUAAGAAAUAAGCUUACGAAAUGCUUUAACAAGGAUCAUCAGUAUUUAGCUUUCAAGGUGUUGUUUCCUAACGUGGUCCAAACGGAUAUUGAACUAAUUUUUGGCCAACAUGAACUUCUGGCACCGGAAGCGGAGGACUGUCUGAAAUCAGUGGGAAUUAUUCAGUCCGUGGGGAAUGCGAAAAAUGUUUACUUUAUACAUAAAACUUUCGCUGAAUACUUUGCUGCAACUUUGUUUACUCGCAGUUUAGAGAAAAAAAUGUCCAACCCAUCAAAAUAUGAAUCGGUGAAAAGCUUUUUAUUCGGUGAAAUAUUUAAAGAUAGUAACGAAGUGGUUCGUAAUUUUAUUGAUCGUAUUUUGGCACAAAACUCUCCCAUUCAUGUGGCUACCUUGGACUGUAAUUUAUCUACAAUCAAUGAUUUGUUGUAUAAACAGUGCAUAGAUGUUACAGCUGUUGACAGAUUAGGAAGAACAGCCCUGCAUCUAGCAGUUCAGACAGGAAGUAUUCACAUCGUGAGGGUUUUAUUGGCAGCAGGUUCUAACGGUUUACGUUCGGACAUUUUCGGUAAAACAUCCCUUCAUUAUGCUAGUAGAUAUGGUCAUGCAGAAAUUAGUGAGUAUUUGCAAAGUUAUUAUACAGACAUUGACAUCAACGAUCAUAUUUUUAGGACACCGUUGCAAAUAGAUACGGUGGUAGGUAGUAGUGUUUUUAAUGAAGUGAAAUAUGCACAGUCUCAACUGGUAAACUUUGUUAAUAAGCAGGAUAACAAUGGCAAAACCUGUUUAUAUUAUGCUGCCGAACAGAAAAAUUGGAAUUUGGCUUGUAUUUUGUUGUUGAAUGGUGCUGAUAGUAAUGCACUAAACGGAGAAAAACAAAAGAAAUUACUGUUAUAUGCUUCUGCGCAGUCCCGUUCUGCCUAUGCAUAUCAAUUUCAUAAAUUAUGGCCAGUUGUUGGUUUAUUGUCACUCAAAGUUCCCGAUGCCGUUCUAGAUUAUGAUGAGGGUUACAGGUAUCCGAGGUUAUUAUCUUCCUUUUUCGUACAUGGGCACAUAAAGGUAGUGGAUGCAUUGUUGGGAGCCAUAGCAGAUGUAGAAAAAAGACUGAGAAUUCUUAACAAAGGAGAUAAUUCCUGUACACCUUUAGAUCACGUCAACAAUACUGUUGAACUUAGUGAUAGUGAUCAUUUACAGGCUAUAAAAUAUUUACUAGGACAUGGCGCAACAAAUACUAUGAAUAAUGUGAAUCAUAUUUAUUUAACUUUGCUAUCCGCGGCAUCACAAGGUCACAUCGAGACUUUUAAAUAUGUAGAAAAUCAAGGACAAAAGAAAGAUUUUAAUACGUAUAUUGGUAUAGCAACUGUAAAAAAUCGUUUUAAUAUUGUAAAAUAUUUAUGGGAAAACUGUCGUAAGUUUACUACGACGGAUUCUGGAAUUACUGCAUUACACUAUGCAGCAGAUCGAGGGAAUUUGAAAAUGAUCAAGUAUUUAUGUGAUCACGGGGCAAAUGUUAACACUGCUGCUAGUGAUGGUAGAACUCCUUUGCACUAUGCAGCGGAAGAAAAGAGACUAGACGUAAUCAAAUAUCUGGUAAGCAAAGGGGCACAGAUUAAUAUUGCUACUAAGCUAAACGGAAUGACUGUUUUGGACUAUGCUUUGAAACAAUGUAUAUUCUCUCCAAAUGUUGUAUCGUACCCAAAGGAUGAAAUGGGCUCUAUAAAAUAUCUUAUAACCGAAUGCCAUGCCAAUGUUGGAAGUCGUAGUGAUAUAAAUAUUGCUACAGCGAGAAAAAUUUUCCGAGCAACGUUUAGUACUGUGAAUAUUGCUAAUCAAGAUGGGGAAACUUUCUUGCAUACUGCAGUAACAUCAGGAGAGGCACUGUUUGUAAAAUUUCUGCUGAAACAAGGAGCUAAUGUUAAUGCUAAGAACAAUUACGGUAGAACACCAUUACAUUUGGCUGUUGAGCGGAAUUUCGGUCAUAUCGCAGAACUGCUAUUGCAAUACGGCGCUAUGUACGAUGCGACCGAUAAAAGUAGCAAAACACCUAUGGAUUUGUUAAAAUCACGUUUUGAUUUCUUCCUAUCGCGUCAAACUAUUGAUUUAUUGUCUCUGAUUGACAGCCUUUUCCGUAGUAAAAAUUUGAUGCAGGAUUUAGACGAUAAAUUGUUGAAUGAACGAAAUUUUGGAGGUCUGUGGCAUCCUGAUGUGUAUGAUCCAUUGAACCCUAUGAUUUUCAUUCUUAAUGCACGAAAUGCCCAAGGAAGUACUUUAUUACACGUCGGUGCAGACCUAAAUGAUUCGGAAGCAAUAAAAUGUUUAUUAAAAUUCAACCGGGAUUAUCUCACCGUAAGAGAUCAGAUGGCCCAUACAAAAGAUUAUCAUUCCAUGGAUUUGACGGUCAAAGAUUUUCGAGGAGAUACGCCAUUGCAUCGUGCAGCACAGCACGGUAGCAGUGAAAUAGUUGCGCUCCUGGUAAAAGAAGGGGCAGACUUCAGUGUUAAAAAUAAUAAAGGUGAUCUUCCUGAGCAUCUCGCACAGAAAAAUAAUCAUUAUAAUGUUGUUGAGGUGCUUCAAUCAACUAAAGAUUUAUUUGAUGCUAUAGAAAAAAAUAACAUACAAGUGGUUAGAAAUUGCAUCAGUAAAGGAGCAAAUAUUAAUGCUAUAGAUAAAAAUGGUAAAAGCCCAUUUCAGUCGGCUGCCAGAAAGAAUCAAGUAGAGAUUGUUAAUAUAUUAUUAAAAAACGAAGCUAUUUUUACAGCUGAAGGCAUACAAAAUGAAGCACCAAUAGAUUUUGAGGAGAAAAAAAGUAUUAAUCUACUUGAUGCAAUCGAUAAAGCUUUCAAUGGUGUACAGAGGAAUAAUUCCAAGUCGAUUAUUGAUUACUUACAGAGAGUAAAGCUUUGUAAUGUUGAUUACCUUAGCGUAAUAGUUAACACUCGUGAUAGUCAAGGUAAUACGCUUUUACACUAUGCUGCUCGAGAGGAUUAUUUUGAUUUGGUACAAUUCUUAUUACAAAACAAAGCAGCCUAUGACGUUAGAAAUACACAAAAUAAAACUCCUGCAAAUUUUGCUUUUCGUCAAGAUAUUAUUAAUUUACUUCAUUUCAUCGAUCGACUGUACUCUGAUCAAUGUAAUACCGUUGUAGUUCAUGAGAAUGUAAAACUUAUUUAUAGCUUUGAGGAGAUAGAACAAGAUCCUAAAACAUUGGGCAUUAUUACCAAUGCUCGUAACAAAGAUGGCCAAACAAUAUUACAUAAAAACUCGAACUAUUAUAGACUUAAGUUUUUGGUCAGGAAUGGAGCUGAGAUUGAUGCUGUGGAUAAAGAUGGCAAAACAGCACUACAUUUUGUUGCCCAGAAAGGUAAAUUAGAGCUAGCAAAGUGGUUGAUAGAGCAUGGGGCUCAGGCAAAUGCUACAGACAAUCGUGGUAACACUGUCCUUCAUGAAGCUGCCUCGUCUGGGCAGUUGGAUCUAAUUACAUGGUUGGUGGAAAAACAAUGCGUUAGUGUUGAUACUAAAAAUGAGCAUGGUCACACACCUACGUUUGUAGCCGGACAAAAUGGUCAUGGAAAUGUUGUUAGAUAUCUGAUAGAUUCCUCCACAAAGUGUUAAAGUCCAAGCAAUACAAUAAAUUGUUUUCACUAUCUAAAUAAGAAUUUUUUUGCGCAUAAAAAUUUGCACUGUCUUCAACGACUGAUCAUAAUAAAAAACUAUUUUUAUAUUAAA